AUGCAAUGCUAUUUGAUGAAUGAGCGAGGUUCCACAGGCUAUGGCAUGGAAUGCAGUAAUUUCAUGAAAGGUGUUGGAGUGAAGCUAGCAAGUCAUGGCUAUGCCGUGUUUGGAAUUGACUAUGAAGGUCACGGACGAUCACAGGGCUCUCGUUGUUACAUCAAGAGAUUUGACAACAUCGUUAAUGAUUGCAACGAAUAUUUCAAAUCAGUUUGUGCACAAGAAGAAUACAGGGGAAAGAAGAAAUUCUUAUACGGUGAGUCAAUGGGAGGGGCAGUAGCUCUUUUGACACACAAAAAAGAGCCUGGCUUUUGGGACGGUGCUAUUCUAGUUGCUCCUAUGUGUAAGAUAUCGGAGAAGGUGAAGCCGCACCCUGUAGUUAUUAGCCUGUUGACUAGUGUUGAGGAUGUGAUUCCAAAAUGGAAGAUAGUCCCGACAAAGGAUGUCAUUGACUCGGCAUUCAAGGACCCCGUGAAACGAGAAGAGGCAAAUCCGGAGCAACAAAUUGAUAUAUCAAGAGAAGCCGAGACUGAAAACGGCGCUUGAAUUGCUGAGGGCUAGCAUGAACCUCGAGAAGAACUUGGACAAGGUGACAAUGCCGUUCUUUGUGUUGCAUGGUGAGGCUGACACGGUAACCGACCCUGAAGUUAGUCGGGCUUUAUACGAACAAGCGAGCAGUUUAGACAAGAGGAUCAAAUUCUAUCCCGGAAUGUGGCACGGCUUGACAUCAGGCGAGCCAGAUGAGAACAUCGAGAUUGUCUUCUCAGAUAUUCUUUCAUGGCUCGACAAGCGGUCGAGUGAUAUGUUGGCUUCUCAUGUUUACGGGUCGGGUCAGGGAUUGGGGCCCGACCCGGAUACGUUGGCUUCUUUGCAAGGGCCGGUGAAUGAGCGAAAAGACUCGAGUGAAUGGAAGGGUCGUGGUUUGCGCCAUCACUCAGCACUCUAGCGUUAUUAUUGUACAAAAUGACUAUUUGAAGCAAAAAAAUUUGGUUAAAAUCAGAUUGAUAACAAGUUCUUUUCCUUUUUCUGAGUCUUUGAUGCCCGUGGACCAUAAUGUUAAACGAAAAAUACAUGCAAUGCAAAUUGCAAUCCAUGAAAUGAAAGUGGGUGUGUGUAGAGAUCAGUAAAUAACUCGUACAAUGCUAUUCUAACUCAAUCGCUAUUCACCGCCC